AUGUCAAACCCGGAAGAACCAACUGACCAGUUUGUUGUCUUGGUUCGCCUCCCUUUUCCGCGUGGAGACUUCGAAGACCCUCCCUCGGUAAAUUGGGAUGCUUCCAAGGAGAGAGAACUAUGGGAUCUGAUAUCCCGUCCAUCCAAAGAUGCGCUUGACUGGAAUGAACUGUCUGAGCGCUUCGGCGUUACCCUUCAGUUCCUGCAGCAUAAGGUCGCAUGGCUGUAUGAACGACAGCUCACGCAAGCCCGCGCUCAAAUGCGCAUGCCUUUGCAACCCCAGUCACAGUCCAACUCUUCGUCUCCCGCGCCGGGGUCUGUAGCAGGAAGCACUGCACUCGGAAGUCAGCACCAGCGGCCUCCAACAGCAGGAUCUCGGCCCAUGUUCCGUCAGGGCUCUCAGCAGAAAGACACACCUCAACCGUCUGCUCCUGGGCGACGAACUAGUUCAACAUCAACCACCACUAUUAAUCGGGCUCAACACCCCCGCGACACUUUGCGGACCGAUACACCGACAGCGGAAGGUCGAGAACAGGCACCAGAGACUACCACCCGUCGGACGUCCUUCGCCCGGCGUGACCAACCACCGGGCGCUUCAUUCGUGCGAUCGCCUCCACUCAAGGAAGAAGAUCUAAGUCCCAGCUCUAGCUCCGAUGGAGCCGACUCUGAGGACGAAUCAUCGCCACGGCGCUUCCCACGCUGGCGCAACUUUGGAAAAUACUCGACCCAUCGCUCACGACCGGGCCUCCGCGACGAUGAAGACGAUGAGGAUGAGGCACCCGCCUUCCCCCCCCUGUCCAGUCACAUGGAUCAGGGUACCACUAAGCGUCCUGUUGAACAUCUGAGCCAGGAGCUUAGUGGUACCCUCCGACUGGAUGCUGAACGUGCGACGGCCGCGUGGCGCCCGACCGAACGCCGAGGAGGCUUCAUGCCUGCCGACAUAGAGUCCGGAACCAGUUCUACUGGUAUGAGUUCUGCGAGCUCUGCGGCGCCGAGCAAUACCGCACAGAGCGAGGAGCGACGUGUUUCUGGGAGAAUCACCCGGAGUGCGGCGGAUCAGUCCCGCGCCAGUCCACAAAAGAGUGGUGUUAAUGGUAGCUCUGGAACUCCCAGUAUGGGCAGUAGCUUCAGUGAUUUGGAUGGUCUCGAUACAAGUGUUACACAGUCUGCACUAGAAGAAGCUCUCAUGAGCAAUAUGCAGCAGGGCGGUAUGGCGAGUCGCAUGAGUACCAUCAGCCAGGCUCUCCGUAGUCGGUACCUUCCUGAAUUGAAUAUGGCUGGAUGGACAUUGAACCCAUGGAGGGCCGCUGGUGGUCUAGUUUGUGUUACCAUCUACAUCAUUAGCUAG